UAGUUUCCCAGGUGCUCCUCAUAUCACUCCCCCGUCUUUCUUCUCUCUCUCUAAAUGACUGGUUUGAAGUGAACUCUAGCCCGAAGAUUCUUCAAGUAAGAUUUGGAUAAAGAUUUCGUUAGAGCAAGGAUAAAAUCAGUCCCAUUCAAUAUACAAUUUCUGAAAUGCAAGCUUCUCAGCUUCAUAGAGAUUCACAUAUGUCGAAGAGGCUAUGUUAUCAGCCAAUUCAAGGAGCGGAUACCUACUGUUUCUCCCAAUUAUGUUCUAGUGCUGGCAACCAAAGAGCUCAGCUCAAUGUCGAUGACAUCGGUGAUCGGUACUGCACUCUGGAGUCGUCCUCUGGUAGCCAAGGCUAUGCAGCUCACAACUCAACGUCGAAUGUCACUUUCUCAUCCAAUGGGAGCACAAUAUCGCAACAGGAUUCUCGUUCGAAUCCCUCUGAUCAGCAUAAUUCCAUUGACUAUGCAUAUGGCUCCCCUGUAAGCGGAUCCAGCAUAACAGAUGAUCUUAGUGAUUUUAGGCACAAAUUAAGGGAACUGGAAAGUGUAAUGCUUGGCCCUGAUUCUGAUGUUAUUGAUAGUUUUGAUAGUAUCUUCCAGGAGGGAACUGAGAAUCCAGAGAUGGGAACUUGGGGGCAAGUGAUGGAUGUUAUCACCAAAGGAAGCUUAAAAAAGAUUCUAAUAGCUUGUGCUAAAGCUGUAUCAGAUAACGAUGUGUUGAUGGCGCAAUGGCUGAUGGAUGAAUUGCGUAAGAUGGUUUCGGUUUGCGGUGAACCGAUGCAGCGAUUGGGAGCGUAUAUGCUUGAGGGGCUGGUUGCACGGUUAGCCUCCUCAGGUAGUUGCAUCUAUAAAUCUUUGAGAUGCAAGGAACCAGCACGAGCCGAGCUUCUCUCGUAUAUGCACAUUCUUUACGAGGUUUGCCCGUACUUUAAAUUCGGAUACAUGUCAGCCAAUGGUGCCAUUGCAGAAGCUAUGAAAGAUGAAGAUAGAGUUCACAUCAUUGAUUUCCAAAUUUCUCAGGGUACUCAAUGGAUCACUUUGAUUCAAGCUUUUGCAAGCAGGCCUGGUCGACCGCCUCACAUUCGUAUAACCGGUAUAGAUGAUCCUGCAUCGGCUUAUGCUCGUGGAGGCGGGCUAGACAUCGUUGGUAGGAGGCUUUCCAAGUUAGCAAAAUUGUAUAAUGUGCCAUUUGAGUUUCACUCCGCUGCCAUUUCUGGCUGUGAUGUUCAGCAAAAAAACUUAAGCAUUCGACGAGGGGAGGCUUUAGCAGUGAAUUUCGCGUUCAUGCUACACCAUAUGCCAGACGAGAGCGUAAGCACCGAAAAUCACCGAGAUAGACUAUUGAGGCUGGUUAAGGGUCUGUCCCCAAAGGUAGUGACAGUCGUCGAACAAGAAUCCAACACGAACACCGCUGCAUUCUAUCCCCGGUUCAUCGAAACGCUGGAUUACUACAACGCCAUGUUUGAAUCAAUCGACGUUACUCUUCCAAGACAACACAAGGAGCGAAUUAACAUCGAGCAGCAUUGUCUAGCAAGGGAAGUUGUGAACAUACUAGCAUGCGAAGGGGCCGAAAGAGUGGAACGACACGAGCUACUCGGAAAAUGGAGACUCCGAUUCGCAAUGGCAGGAUUUACAGCUUACCCAUUAAGCUCUUUGGUUAAUGCUACCAUAAAAACGUUAUUAGAUAACUAUUCUAACAGGUAUAGGAUUGAAGAGAGAGAAGGGGCUCUGUAUCUAGGCUGGAUGGAUAGGGAUUUGGUCGCUUCCUGUGCAUGGAAGUGAAAAUGUAGCCACAAAAUGAAGAACUUUCCCUGCUUAUUAUGCAUAUCCAAACACAACCAUUACUUGUUCCAAAUAUUUAAUAUCACGAUUCAGCGAGUAAGUAAUCUCUUAAUUAA